AUGGGCAAUAUUCAUUGUUCCUAUGACAACGCAUUUGUGACAGCAAACAAUUUGAAGAUGCCGAAACUCACAGUUUUCACUCUUGAAGGUAAUAUUUACCAACUUUCCAAUUUCGCAAGAAGACUGAAUGCUACCCAGAGAGGAAGGCCCUACCACAGAAGAAGACUUUAUCGAAAUAAUGAUAAUAAUGGAGGUUCCAGUUCAUUCAGAAAUGAAAACAAUCUCAUUGACAUUUCAUCAUCAACCACACACUCCAAUGGAGACAAUGAGAACAAUUACAAUGAUCAAUACUCACAAGAAACGCAAGAUGAACCACAAUAUUCUGACUACAACAAUAAUAGAAAUGUCGUUUCUGUACAAAACCAUGAAACUCCAAUUCAAAGAGAUCGUAAUACACAAAGUGAUGAUAGAAAUCAAAAUAUCAUUCAUAAUAUACCUGAACAAAUAAUGGAAAAUAUCAUUCAAGAACAAAGCAAUAACCGAAGUUUCAAUACUCGGGUUUUCAUGAACAGACAAGUUUUGCUUCACCAUACCACUCCUGAUUGCAAUGAAGAAGUUACAAAUGAACUACAAAGUCAAAUGAACCAGUUGAAAAUUCAACAACCAAAACCACUCAGAAUGUCCAAUCAACAACUAUCAAUAAAAGUCUCCACUAAUUGCAACUUUCAGAAUCUUUACUUAGAACGCUGA